UCGUUGUUCACAAAGCAACUCACCAACAUUCAGUUUAGUUUGAAACAGCGUGUAGAGUGUAUCGUACGUACGUAACCGUUAUCAAUAAACACGUGUCAAAAGUAGUUUGUCAGUAUUUCUUGUUUAUCCCCCAUAAACAGAGUUCGAUUAGUAUUGUUACUAGUUACAAAAAUUAGUGCAGAGGUUCAGAGGGCCUUCAUUUGACGAAAAUCGAUAUUUCAACCUCCGCUACAGAGCUUAUUUAGGAUUACCUGACAAGGUUUAGAUUUCUGUUGAUAGUGUUGAAGAUAUACCAGUUACAACAGUUUUUCCUGUGGUACAAAAAUAACAUCAUCCAAAAUGGGUGAGCGAAGAGGAACAAAAGGGCUGGAACUGUGGUGUCGCAAAAUGACAGAAGGUUAUCCGGGUGUCAAAAUCGACAAUAUGACUACUUCUUGGAGGGACGGCCUUGCUUUCUGCGCCAUAAUACAUCAUUUCAGACCUGAUUUAAUAGAUUUUACAAAAUUGAACAAAGAUGACGUAUACCACAACAACGAAUUAGCGUUCAGGGUGGCAGAGCAGUACUUGGGCAUUCCAGCAUUACUCGAACCAGAAGACAUGGUAGAGUACUCCGUUCCAGAUCGUUUAUCUAUCCUCACAUAUUUGUCACAGUUUUAUCAAGCUUUUGCAGUGCCACAUGGUUCUAACUCAGCUAGGAUUGCGGUGAAGAGGGCCCAAACAUCGCCAGAUCAUGGUAUUGUAUCACCAGCAUCCACAAGUCCACCCUCAAAGGUGGCAUUUUCUGGUGCAGGCAAAGUCCGGAGAGAGCCCUGUGCCAAAUGUGGUCUUCCAGUAUUCAUAGCAGAACGCCUAAACGUUGGGAAAGACCUUUAUCACCGCACGUGCUUCCGCUGCGCUCGCUGUAGUAGCCAGCUCACUCUUGCCAAUUACUAUGAGACAGAAAACGGUGAUUUUUGCUGUGAAAUAUGCCCAGACGAGGAAAAAAUUGUAACAAAAACGCCCCCGGAAAAAUCUGUCCUGUUAAGGUCCAUGAGCGACGAAGAAAAAACUGCAAGUUUGAAAACAUUUUCAAAUGAACCAGACAAUUACAGUGCUAUGUUUGAAACGGCAUUAGAGAGUAUUGGAGAUGAGAGCAUAAAACAAGAGUUUACUCUCACUCGAGAUGAGAGUUCGGAAUUCUUCAAAGCUCGCUCUCAGUUUAUUCACAGUCAGAUGGAGGAAUCCAGUGAUACUGGAAAUGAAGAUAAACCGCCAGAUUUACCUAAAUCCAUACCCCCAGAAUUGGACAAGAGUGAGUUGAGGAGCAGUGAAAACAUAACUGUAUUAAGAGACACUUUAGUGGCAAGUAGUGAACAUAGUGAUAGUGGUUUUCCCAGCAAUAGACUAGAUACAACUGUAAAUUUAAAUAAUAAUAGUGUAAGCAACCAAUAUGGUAAAGCCAGUGUGGAACUGGAAAAAACUCAUAAUAUUGUUACCAAAGAUAAACGUGCAACUGAGGGUGACACAUCGUUGGUCAAAGCUCGAAUGCGGUUGUUUGAAAAUAAUUCCACUGAUGUUAAUGAAUUUAGAAAGUCUGAUGUAAAUAAAAAUUCACAAAAUACAUUUAAAGUGCCUUUAAAAAGCUCUAAAUCCUUUACAUAUGACAGUAAAAAUGUAACAAAGAGCCCCAUUCCCAUAGUAAAGUUAGAAGAUUUAGAAAAUUUUGAACAAUUAAGUAAAAAGGAAUUUCAAGAUGAUGUUACGACCAACAUAGAAGAUAAUAAACAUACUUCAGAGGCUUCAGUAACUCUAUCACAUAAAGAUAAUUUUAAACAUAGCUACGAUAAUAUUUCAAAUAAAUUUGUUCAAGAAUUAGACGAUAAUGUUAACGUUAGUUUACCUAGUAAUAAAGAAGAGGAGAAGGAACAGAUAAUGGAAGAAGCUAAACAAAUAAAUAAGGAACCUUCACUUAUAUCUGUCAAAGAAAAAGAACCACAAGAUUGCAGCAAAGAUGAAUCAACUGAAGCAAUCAACACAGAAUGUUUACUUAAGUUAGAAAGUGAAAAUAGAUAUGAUGUCACUAAGGAGAAUUUAUCUUUAGACCAACUAACACCAGAUGAAAAAUCAAUUGUAAGUCCAAAAGUAGAAGAAGCAGAACCAAAUAGUGAAUCUCAAUCUAUAGACAUUACACCAAACAAAAAAUAUGAAAACAAUAAUAAAUCAAUAAUUACUGAUGACAAACAUCAAGAUGACGCAGAACAUGAAAAACCAACACAUAAAGAGCAGGCAGAAUAUCCCGAAGACCUUAAUCCAUUUGGAGAUGAGAAUGAUGAAACACAUAUAGUGAAACAGAAGCAAGCCAGUACUCCUCUUAAUCCAUUUGAAGAUGACGAUGAUGAUUAUGUUGAGGAUAUGGAAAAACCUGUAAGUAAACCAGUGCCAAGCCCACGACUUCGAAAAAGAAUUAUACCUACAGAUGCAGAUAAGAAGAUAACAGGCACUUCAGACCGUUUUUCUAAUAUUCAUGGAGAUCAAGUAAGCAUAAAUCCGUUUGAAAGUGAUGAUGAUGAAUAUAACAAACCUCCAGUGCCAGCGACUAGAAAGAAGAAAGUUAUUACGCCUCCUAAAAUUAAUCUGAAUCCUUUUGAAAGUGAAGAUGAAGAGAAUGAAGAGGACAAUUUUAAGCAACCAAUUCCUAAACCACGAACAUCUGUAGGCAGGACAACUUUAGACGUGCCUGAGCCUAAGCUGAGAGAGUUGGGGAAUCUAUCUCUCAAUAGUAAUUUUGGUUCUAAUUCUUCUAUAUCUAGUGGAAGUGCCUAUGGAAGUGUUAGGAAGAAGAAACCAGCACCUAAGCCUCCAAUACCAGUAAAAACUGAAUACUUUGAAUCUACAACUAACUCACUAACGUCGAGUCCUAGUCACAGUGUGCAACAUUCACCAAAAUCGACGCCUAAAUAUCGAAAAACCAAAAAGGCUCCACCACCACCUCCAAGCUCCUCAACUCCACUCCCAAUUCGAAAAGAUCCAGAAAACAUUGAUUUGUCAUCCUCUGCAGUGUCACCAAUAAAAAUUGUUGGUAUAGAGUCAGAUCUGCAAGAUAGCGAACAUGAUAUCCCUUACAUAACAGAGCAAGAUGUUGAACAAGAAAAAAUUGUCAAAGACGAAAUGAACAGAAACAGGCAGAGUCACAAUGCCAGUAUGCAAAGUCCCACAUCUAGCGAAAAUUCAUCUAGUUUGUCAGCUCCCAAUAAAAGUACUUUUGGAAAAUGGAAGAGGCGUAAGGGUCAAGCACCUAAUAGGCCUAUCCCACAGAGGAGAACAAUUAAAUGUUUGCCAAUGAGUGAAAUUCGUAGAGAAUUAGAAGUCAUUGAAAUCCAACAGCAAGGAUUAGAAAAACAAGGCGUGCGGUUAGAGCAAAUAAUUAGAGAAAAAUGUGAAGGAAGUGGCAUUAACCCUGAUUCAACUGCAGAUGACGACAGCCUUCCUAUUGAUGUGGAGGAUUUGAUUUUACAAUUGUUUGAAUUGGUAAAUGAGAAAAAUGAACUAUUCAGGAAGCAAGCCGAACUUAUGUAUUUGAGAAGACAGCAGCGGUUAGAAGAGGAGCAUGCUGAUGUGGAAUAUCAAAUAAGAUGUCUAAUGUUACAACCGGAAGCCAAUAAGACUGAUUCAGACAAAGCUCGAGAAGAGGAGCUAAUUAACAGGUUAGUGGAAAUUGUGGAAAGAAGAAAUGAAAUUAUUGAAUGCUUGGAAAUGGACAGAGUCAGGGAGGCAGAAGAAGACGACAGUAUAAAUAAUCAUAUAAACCUCUAUACAUUAAAAAGAGACGGAGAAAAACUGGAACCUGAGAAAUUAAGAAAAGAAAAGGAAAAAGACAAGAAAAAACACAAGAAGGAGAAAAAAUUGAAACAUAAAGACAAAGGUCACAAAAUAGAUGCCGACAAAGAUAUUGAUGAAAGUGAACCUUGUUCAACCUUAGAAAAAAAGAAGAAAAAGAAGUUUAAUAUAUUUUAAGUUAAAUUGCCAUUUUAUUUAUUUUAAAUAUUAUUGGAAAGCUGUGUUUAUUAUUUUGUAUAAGAUAUAUUUUUUCUAUGUUCGUUACUUAUAUUUUGUGAUUUUUAUCGUUGUACUGCAUAAUAGUAUUAAAGUUUAGUUUUUGAAUAUA